AGUUGUCAUGUGUGUUUGUGAUUUCUAGAAAAAUCGGCGACUAUGUAUUCAUAAUUUCACGAGGUAGCAUAUAUAAGGUGCUGUUUAAGAGAAGAUUAUUUCCUUCUGGCUCGGCUUCCUCAGAGAGCAGUUUUCAUCCAACGCCUUUUUUACUAUUUGUCGUAAUAGUACCCUCUAUAUUCUCUCCUUCUGCCUGAAGCAGAGCCGUCUUUCCUGAACCGCUGCAACGCCCUUUUUUUUUUAGAAUUCCCGCAUCUUUACAACUUUCGUUAAUUUCGUCUUGGCACCAUGUCUAGCUCGUCAUCGUUAGAGGAAGCACUCAAAAGUUCAGAUAGCGUUGGCAUUCCUGACAACGUCCUAAACGCUAGCGCAGACGAAAUUAUGAAUCAGGUCAGAGUUAUCGAGAACAGAAUCAAGGCCCUCAAAAAUGAGUAUGUGGUCACGGCGCAAGAUUAUAAGUCCCUCAAGGAACAAUACAAAGAAAACACAGAAAAAAUAAAAUUGAACAAGGCGCUUCCAUAUUUGGUUGGAAACGUGGUUGAAAUUCUAGAUGUCGAUGUAUCAGAAGAAGAGGAAGGUGCGCAUCAGCACCUGGACAUAUCUCAAAAGGGAAAGUGCGCCGUGGUAAAAACGUCGACUCGACAGACUAUUUUUUUGCCGGCAGUAGGUCUUAUUCCGCCCGAGAAGUUGAGUCCUGGGGAUCUUGUAGGUGUUAACAAGGAUAUUUAUCUCAUUGUUGACGCGUUACCGCCUGAGUAUGAUGCAAGAGUAAAGGCCAUGGAGGUGGACGAGCGUCCUACAGAGCGAUUUGACGACAUCGGGGGCUUAGAUAAGCAAAUGACAGAAUUGUUGGAGGCGGUUGUUUUGCCUGUUACACACAAAGAAGCAUUUGAGGCGAUUGGCAUUCGACCGCCUAAGGGUGUGUUGCUUUAUGGUGUCCCCGGGACUGGUAAGACGUUGAUGGCGCGUGCGUGUGCUGCAAAAACCAGUUCUACGUUUCUUAAAUUGGCCGGACCUCAGCUGGUGCAAAUGUUUAUUGGCGAUGGGGCCAAAAUUGUACGCGACGCUUUUGCUCUGGCCAAAAAAAAAAAGCCAGCUGUCAUUUUUAUCGAUGAGCUGGAUGCAGUGGGGGCGAAGCGUUUUGAUAGCGAGUUGACAGGGGACCGAGAAGUUCAACGAACGAUGCUUGAACUGCUCAACCAAUUAGAUGGGUUUUCUUCUGACGACGAUAUUAAAGUUAUUGCGGCUACGAAUCGUAUCGACGUUCUCGACCCCGCGUUGCUGCGUUCUGGGCGUUUAGACAGAAAAAUAGAGUUUUCGCUUCCUAAUGAAGAGGCUCGAGAGAGAAUUCUGAUCAUCCAUUCAAGAAACAUGAACACGGUAGAUGUCAAUUUCAAUGAGCUUGCAAGGACCACUGUAGAUUUUAAUGGCGCGCAGCUUAAAGCCGUUUGCGUGGAAGCAGGUAUGUGUGCAUUGAGGCGCAACGCGACCGUGAUUACUCAUGACGACUUCAUGGAAGGGAUUGCGCAAGUUCAGUUUAGAAAAAAAUCUCGUCUCUCUUAUUAUGCUUGAGGGCCUCUAAUGCGAAAGACGGUUUCCACUUUGGUGGUACGCAAGAUUUUUCUUUCCCCUUUCUCGCGUGCGUAGAGAAUCGACAGCCUAAAAUCGUCCUUAAAGAAGUUUGAGAUUUUCAAUAUUAAAAAACUGCUUGUGGCGGUGCUGGAAUAUUUUAAAAGUA